CAUCAAAGUGUGAAGCACGCGCCAAUGGAGACACUUCUACCAGUGCUCCCAUGCCUCUUUCCAAAUCCAAAACCAGUUACCCACCACCAUUUGAAUCUCUCUCCCUCUCACUCUCCGAAAAUUUUUACCCGGACUCAAUUUAGUCGAAUUUAUAAUUUAAAGAAAGUGAUUAAUUACAUAGUAGAUGUGAUUGAAUUUGUUCAGCCGAGACUGGUCGGGCAAGAAUUUUCCCCGACUCUCACUGCAUAAUAGGGUUUUGAGUUUCUACCCCUGUUCGCUCCGCUUAACAUCCUUUUCUUCUUCAUCAUCAUUUCAUCAGUUUCCACUUCUUCUCAUUGCUUUUCCCCCUUCAAAUGACAACGCCAGUGGUGAAGAAUAACUUCUUGCCACCCGGGCUGGUCUCUAAUCUUCAACAAGUACUGGCUAACCGCAUGCCCGCCGGAAAUGACGGCGUAUCGUCCAAGCCAGUUAUAAAUGAUGAAGAUUCGAGCCAGCCCUCUUCUUCCGGCAACGAGCCCGGUGAUGAUAACGUGUCCAAGCCCAUCAUAUUGGUUACCAAUAGUGAUGGGAUUGAGUCCCCGGGUCUUUCCUAUUUGGUCAAUGCUCUCGUUAGUGAAGGCGUUUACAAUGUCAAUGUCAUUGCCCCUCAAUCGGACAAAUCUGCUGCGGGGCAUUCAGUGUCGUUGAAGGAGACAGUUGAGGUGGUAACAGCUGAUAUUAAUGGUGCUGUUGCUUAUGAAAUUUCUGGAACUCCUGUGGAUUGUGUGUCAUUGGCAUUGUCUGGGGCACUGUUUUCGUGUUCAAAGCCUCUCUUGGUACUUAGUGGUAUCAACAAGGGUUCAAGCUGUGGCCACCAUAUAUUCAAGAAAUCCAGGUUUUAUUCGAGCGUUGUUGCUGGAGCCAGGGAAGCAUUAAUGAAUGGUGUGCCUUCUAUGUCAAUAUCACUAAACUGGAAAAAAGAUGGUAGUCAGGAAAGUGAUUUCAAGGAUGCUGUGACUGUGUGUUUACCAUUAAUAAAUGCAGCCAUGAGAGAUAUCGAGAAGGGGAUUUUCCCGAAAGGCCUUGCAUUGAACGUAGAAGUUCCAACAUCACCCUUGACAAACAAGGGACUUAAAGUUACAAAGCAAAGCCUUUGGAGGUCCACUCUUAGCUGGCAAGCCAUUUCAGGAACCAGGCAUCAGGCGGCUUCUCGUUUCAGCGGCAGCCAGCUGGGCCUUGGCAUGCAGUUUGCACAACUGAGCCGUGAUGCCUCGGCAGCUGGUGCCGUUCGCCGUUUGGCCACACAGAAAAAGAAUAUUGAGAUUGUUGAAUCAGUUGGUGCUGCAGGGAAAUCCGUGUUUAAGAGAACGGUGAAGUAUUUCCGGGUAGAGAUGCUCGACAAGGAUCAGGAAGAAGACAAUGAGGAUCUGGAUUUUAGAGCACUUGAAAAUGGCUUUGUUGCAGUUUCUCUACUCCCUCUAUCUGCACAUUUAGAUUCAGAGACUGAGGCCGCUGCUUUGGACUGGAUUUCAUCUGCACUCCUAGUGGGAGAAUAAGAAUACUUGCUGGAAACGCGAGUAAUAUUGUAUAUUUGAAGAAAUGAUCUUAGCCGCAUACACGGCAGGUAUUUGUGCGAACCAUACUGCAAUACUUAAAAUUUUCCACUUGUUGAUCAGUUUGAUGUGCUCCGAGGCAAAUGCUUCCCCUGUUGAGUUUCAGUGUGUGGCAUAGUGUAAAAUGGCAGUGUUUCUCAAAGUUUCUGUGUUUGACUUACUGAUAUAAAUGUGUGUAGGUGGUUUGACCAUUUUUCCUUUUUUCUUUUCUACUAGUGUGUUGAGUGAGCUGAGGUGGGUUGGUUUGUAUUCAUAUUCCACCUUGUAAAGGAUGAUGUAAUACUUAGAUAGGUUAUUUUCAUGCUAAUGAUUAAUCAGUGGAUUUGUUGUUGA